AACGACUAAUUUUUUUUUGCACUGGGACUGUCAUUUCCUGCAUGUUGUCAAACUGUUGGAAGAAAAUAUUUCAUAUUUUUUUCUUUGAUUCCUUUGCUGUCAGCUAAAACUUUCAUGAGUGAAUUGCAGAACAUAUUUAACAGAAUAUGAGACUGUCACCUAAAAUAAUUACGGGUGUUUUGUCUGCACAAAAUAAAGGGGCAUGUGACUGGGGAUGGCAAGGCUUUGUGGCUUAUGGAUGUAACAGCUGUGUUGUUGUUGUUGAUCCAGAGACAGUACAGGUUUUACAGGUGCUUGAUAAACACAAAUCUCCAGUUGUAAAGGUGAAAUGGGCGAGGGAGAAUUACAAUCAUGAUAUUGGAAGUCCCUACAGUCUGCGUUUAGCUUCAGGAGACACUACAGGAAAUAUUGUCAUCUGGGAUGUAGGCCUAGGAGAGUCCAAGACAGAGUUUUCUGAUGGAAAUAGACCAAUACAAGAAUUAGAAUGGUUGCCAUGGCAAGAUGCAUCACAUGACCUGCUGGUUGCCCUACAUCCUCCAUAUUCUGUUAUCCUAUGGAAUGCAGAUACGGGAACCAGACUGUGGAAAAAGUCCUACACAGAGAAUCUCAUCUCACUGGCCCUGGACCCUUUCUGCUUUAGGAAUAUGGCAUUUCUUGGCCAGGACUGCAUUGUGUUCAUAGAUGAUUUUUCCAUAACAAAGACCCCAUCAAGCAAUGGGAAAAAGUUCUACAUCUCAAGUCCAUCUGGGGGAACAAAGAGUGAUACACCUGUUGGAAGUUUGGAGAGGAAGCAGUCAUCUUCAUCAUCAAGGAAUCUUGCCAAGAGAAUGACCAAAAUAUUGGUAGGAGAAGGAAAGCAGAGAGAGGAGGAGAAUAUAGCCCUGAAUGAAUGUAUACAGCUGAUGUACCUGAGGUCAUGUAGGCAUCAUUUAGUGCUGGUGUACCCACGAGAGAUUCUUAUACUAGACCUGGAAAUUAACCAGACAGUUGGUAUCAUUCCUGCAGAAAGAACUGGCUCUCCUUUCCUCGAGGUAUUGCCGAUGCGGCAGCGAGAUGUGUUAUACUGUCUGCAUGAGAAUGGAAGUAUAACAUGUAGAGUGAGACGUAAAACCAACAUGCAGGCCAGUCUCCCACCAGAGGGCUCUGGUGCUUUUGAUGAUUUAACACAAAACCCUUCUCUAGAUGUGACCUAUGAUCUACGGUGCCAGUCUGAUUCUAUACGUAUGACACGUCACUGUCGUGUGGCGGGUGUUAUGUACUCUCCUGUCAGCGAGGCAAAAUUAGCACUGGUACUUUCUGACAGCAGGUUGAUAUUCUGGGAUUUACAUACUGUAGAUUUUCAGGCUGACUCCAAGAAUAACAAGUCUCCACUGUAUACCCCAGGAAACUCAGCCAAUGAGUAUCAUGGAACCAAAACAGUACCAUACCCAAGAUUUGCAUUGUGCGAUAUGAUUGGUCAGUCACAGUUAUUGAGUCCAGACAAUGAGUCAGCUGUCAAAAGUCAUGGAGUGUCCCUGAAAUUUUUAAUGACUGGAUUACUGAAUGGCAUAAACUCGUCAAUAACUGUAGUUAGAAUGUGCCCGCCACUAACAACUAAAAAUUGGAAUUUGUAUGAACCAUUGUUGGCUGUAGGAAGCCAUCUGGGUAGUGUACAGAUUUUGAAUGUUGGUAAUGGACAGAUUGAAAGGGAAUACAGUGUUCAUACAAGCUGUGUAAGGGGCAUAGAAUGGGCAAGUCUUAAGAGCUUCAUGUCAUAUUCCUUCCCAAAACCAGGGACGUCAAACUUAGUGAAGAAUGAAAUACUCCUAGUGGAUAUUGUAUCAGGAAAGGCAACACCAGUGAGAACGCACAGGGACCAAGAGUCACCAAUAGAAAUGUUGAGAGUCUCGCAUCUUAAGCAGUAUUUCAUUAUUACGUUCAAAGACAAGCCUUUGGAAUUAUGGGAUAUGAAGACACUGACGAUCUUGAGAGAGAUGUCUAAAUCAGUUCCGCAUCCAACAGCUUUGGAAUGGUCACCUAGUCACAGUCUGAAAGCUUUGAAGAAGAAGCACCAACUGCAGCAAGAACAGCAACAAGUACCUGCAACAGGAAGUGGUACAAAACUGGCAGGGUCUAAUUCAGAGGAAGCUAAUGUGGCUGAUAAUGCAUCAACAUCAUCUAUGGAUAAUGGGUCAAGUGAACCAAAAGUUGCAACAAAGCUUACUGUGAAGGAGCACUUUGUGUACACAGAUUCUGAUGGUACAUUAUAUCACUUUCUUGUUGAGGGAAACAGUUUUACUGACGCUUCUAAAAUACCACCAGAGAGUGGUAUGGGUAGUGUGACCUGGUUGGCAUGGAAGGGAGACUAUUUAGCUUUUGGUGAUGCUGAUGGACAACUCUGUUUAUGGGAUCUGAAAGCUAAAACCUCUAGGACCAAUUCUACCCAUAGAGGAUGGAUUAAGAAGAUCAGAUUUGCUCCUGGCAGAGGAAACUUUAAGUUUCUUGUCCUAUAUAAUGAGGGUGUAGAUAUAUGGGAUAUCAAUGAAGGAAAGCCAGAGUUGACUGCCUCAAUUAAGAGUCCCAAGGAGAUACCGAAGGUGGUUGAUGCUGAAUGGUCAGGCUCAGACCGCCCAGUCCUCGCCACAGCUGAUGGAUGUAUACACAUGCUUGACAUUACUUUAAAGAAAUCCUCAUGUUCUAUAGAGGACAGAGAACUGGCAGAGGAUGUGUGGUCCCCAUACUUGAUGCCACCAAAAGGUGCAUUCCUGAUGAAGCAUUUACUGCAGCAUCAAGCAUGGUCAGAUCAAUAUACCCUGGAAUUACAGGGACUUAGGGAGGAAGAUAAGGAUAUACAGAACUGUGUUAACAAGAAUCUCAAACUUAUAGAUGUAGAUCUGGCAUCCUACCUUGGUAAUUGUAGGUUUGGUACAGCUGAGAGAUGUUUGCAUACUGCAAGGUUAUUUGGAGAUGAAUCAGAAGUUAGGUUUUGGACAAUAGCACUUUACUACAUGAGGUCAGGAAAAUAUCUCGCCAUGAGUAAGAGUUCAAGUUGUGUUUUUGGAAAACAAAAUAGCGGUGAUUUAUACAUUCCACCUACACCUAGUCAUAAAGAGUGCAGUGACCUGCUUGACCUUAAUGUCCCUGGAGAAAAGGGUCAAGGGUCAGCAUGGCAGGAUCAGAGGGAUCAGCCGUUAGAAAAAUGUCAUGAUUUUUUGUGUGAUAAUGAAAGUUACAAGCGUUACCAGCUGGACAGGUUAGCACUACAUGACAGUAAAAGAGUGACGUACGAACAUACAAAGAAAUGUGCUGAAAAUUACAUGAUGUUGGGAGAGACAGACAGAUCUGUUCAACUGUUGCUGGAAACAGAACCAGAGAAUGAAAGCUAUUAUAUAGAUUGUUUGAGAUCAUGCCUUGUUGCCAGUAUACGAUCAUCUGGAGCGUCACAGAGUACGAUCAAAUUAGUGGCAACCAAUCUCAUUGCUAAUGGGAAACUCCUAGAGGGUGUGCAGUUGCUGUGCCUGAUAGAUAAAGGAAUGGAUGCCUGUCGAUACUUGCAGACCUAUGGAGCUUGGGAACUUGCUGUUUGGCUGUCUAAGUCAACGUUAGUAUAUACAGAAUGCUGUGAAGUAUUGAAAAGAUGGGUUGAACAUCUGAGUAGCACACAUGUAAACCAAAAGAGUACAGCUGUCUUGGUGUUGUUGUCUUUAGGAUAUUUCCAUAAGGUCAUAGAGAUGCUGUAUGGAAUGAGGCAGUUUAACAGAGCUGCAUGUUUUAUAGAAGCUGCCACAGAGUUUAAUCUCCUGGAGAAAACAGAAGAUAAUGGUUCUUUGAUAGAAGCUGUGUUUUUAGAGUAUGCAAGACAGCUGUCAAAUUUGGGACAUAAAAAGUCAGCCAUGUUCUACUGUCAGAAAGCUGGGGAGAAAGGCCAGCAGCUGAUGAAAGAAGUUGAAAUUCUCUUUUCAUAGAUUUUGUAAUCACACUUAGAGACAUUUCAGCUUCAAGUCAAAUUAGUGAAAUUUGCAACUUUAGUGAAGAGAUCGAAAUUUGAAUAGGAUCAGAAGUUUAUAUACAGUAUGAUUUAUACACUUGUUAUAAAACAAAGCAGUAACAUAACCAGAGAAGUUACUUAUAGCCAGUGCUGUAACAUCAGGUGAAUUCUAAAAUGAGUCAUAUACACACAAAGUAACAUAAUGUCACUGAUAGGUGAAGUGGAAGAGGAACAGAAAUAUAUUAUAGCAGAUUCAUGCAUACCAGAUGGGGAUUUCUGGGUUUUUUUUUACCAGUACGGGAAAAAUCCAUCUUACACCCCACCCCAGGGUGUAAGAUGACUCUUGUGCUGUAAAUGACUUAUUAAGAACUACAUACAAUGUAUAUGCAGAAGAUUUAUGUAGUAAUUUAUAUUUUAUUUGGAAAAAAAAACAGAAUAAAAAUUCAAUACCUUAACAGUUCCAUUUUGUUCCUGAUAGUAUAUUUCUUGAUUCAAAAAACAUUUUAUCAAAAAUUCAUAAUGUUACGCUGCAACUGAUAAAACAAAACCAGAACUAAACAUUGUUAUUUGUCUUUGUAACAUCAUGAUAUAUUUACUGUUUACGUACGUUGGUUUCACGUGCUUUGUUUAAAUAAGCUGCUAUAAGAAAUAGUUCUAAAAAGAAAGCCAUUCAAUUGAUUUUAUUAUUAUUAUUAUUAUUAUCUCUUGAAUAUGGUAUGCAAGAAAAAGAUUCUGUCACUGGUUAUAGGUGCAGAUGGGAAUAUCCGGCUCUCGGGUAAUUGUUUACGCGGUAACUCUGCUAGAGUUUCGUUACUGCCUAAACAGUUACCCUUGAGGCCAGAAAUUCCCAUCUGCACCUACAACCAGUGAAAGAAUCCUAUAAUAUCUAGCGUCUGCAGUGUUACUUAAAUUAAGAACUUUGAAUGAUACCUGGAACAGUGUUACAUCGAUAUUGCUUAUUGAAUAUGUAAUUUGUAAAAAAAAAACUGCUAUAUUUUUUUACUUCAUACAUUUAACAAAAUUGGAUCACAGUUUAGGAAUUAUAAUGUUUAUUUAUUAUACCUUGGUGUACAUUAUGUGAGGAAAUAAUUUUCAUUGCAUGAUCUUUUGGCUAUUGAAAUUUUAUACUUCAGUGAGGCUAUUUUACAUGUAAUAGUAUGUUUUAAGUUUAAGAUAUAUGACAUAUUUACUUACAUUUCUUAAGUAGAUACACAAUACAAUACAAUUUGUGCUUUUCACAUUUCUCCCUCUUAAUGAAGUUGUUAGGCUUUUAUCUCACACUGUCAGUCAUUUUUUAUUUACUUACAUGAUUUCAGUGUUAUGCUUCACUCUUCAUUUUGAUUUACUUAUUUCGUAACAAUGCUUUUUCAUUGAUUUCUCUUUAAAUCAAAUUAUAGGACAAUUUAAUUUAUGCUAUUGUGCCACAUUAUUUUCAGGAACAUCUUUGCAUUGUGAAAAUUUCAAAAAAUUGCAUAUUUGACUCUUUUUAUCACUUGGUUCAUUUGAAAAUUUCUUGAUUGUAUUAAAAUUUUGAGAAAAAAAAUCUUUCAAAAUGCUUAUGGUCCAAAAAUUCCAUUGAAAAGUAUAGAUUUGUGUAUAGAAUAGAAUGAUUAAAAGAUAAUCUUGAAAUUCAAAAAGUUCCUUUUUCCACCACGGAGACUCGUAAAGUGAAAACUAACUUCUGUCUGUAUACUAGCUACAAAAUAAAAAAAAAGAAACCUGUUUUGAAUUUUUUGAACCUAAUUGUAAUUCUUUGAAGUGUUACCGUAUCCUGAAUCUCAGACAGAUAGAGAUUUUCUUGAUGUGAAAUGGAGAAAUAACUCGGAAUGAUUUUGUGAUUUUAUAACCAGUGUAGAAAUAAUUAGAUUUAUCUUAGAACUAAAUGACAAGAGUUUCUUUUGAGAUUUGAUAAAGAGAGGACAAUGUUACUGUCUUUGUAAUGCAUCUGUUAAUGUAAUUUCUUUCUUUUUGAUUGCACUUUGUAUAGUGUUUAGUUCUUCUAUGAUUAUAUUAUUGAAAAUGCAAAUAAACUUUACAUUUAUUAAUUUAGGAAAAUAUUUCCACAUCUUCCAGCAGAUAAGAGUUUUAUAUAUAAUAUCUCAUCAUUAUAGUUUUGAAACAGCUUGCCUUGUUCUUGAAGAAAACAUUAGAUUUUAUACCAAUAUUUUAGAAUAUGGCUAUUUCCUUUAAUGUCUUUGAACUAAAUUGAAACACCUGAAAAGAAGACCAUAGACUAAUAUAGGGUUUCAGGUUAAACAGUAGUUCAGCUUGUCAUUAAAGGGACAUGCCUCCAGAAGAUGAAUAUCGAAAUAUUGCUCAGAUAGUUUUUUUUUUUUCAAACUGUGCUUCUAUUAUAUGUGUGACUAAUGCAUUUGAGAGUCUUCUCCAUGUUGUAUUGACUGAAAGGAAUAUUAACCUUUAGCCAACUGGCUGCAAGUGAUUCUGCCUUUGCAACCAGUGCAGACCAAGAUCAGCCUGCAGGGAAGUGCAGGCUCAUCACGCACUGCACUGGUUGUUAUUCAGUCACUAAAUUUUCAGUAAACACCCCUUCAGUGAUAAAUGGUAUUGCCCAUAUUGAAUGAUGGACCAGUCCAUUUUAGAAAUUUUGCAGGGUAAAGGUUACAUGACUGUGUAAAACUUCCUAAAAUAUACAGAAUCAUAUUUAAAUUUCUUUCUGUUGUAAUCACUAACUAAUGAAUUUAGUUUCUAAGUUUUGAAAACAAAUGACAUAAACCUGGAGGCAUGUAGCUUUAAACAACAUCUAUCAAACCGUAACAGAAAACUUUGUCCAGUCAGCACACGGUGUUUCUUGUAGACUCACAGAUUUGUCGUAAGAAGUUGUGAUUAGUGGUUGAAACAUUCCAGUAUCAUGCAUUAAAUAAUAUGUAGGUUAUAAGGACCACAUAGAUACAUGUUUGUAUCUGUAAUGAUUGGUAUUGUUAACUUAUUUUAUACAUCUUUCAACAUUCUUGGUGUAUGUACUUAAAUGGAUUAGAUACACAGCUGCUUGUUGCCGAAAAUUAGUUUUUAGGUAACUUAUUGCUUCUUCUUCUUUGUUUAACUUGAUUAUUGAAAAUGUUUAUUUUAUCUGUUAAGAUAUAUGAAGUAUAAGUGCAAUAAAAAUAAAAAAGAGAAAGCCAGA